AUGUCCAGGAAGACCCUGGAGGCCAGAUCAUUUCUGCUUCGAUGCAGAAGAUCUUAUAGCGCAACCUCGAGACUGUCCCAGCACCCACGCCCGGCCACCGCCCCCAAGCAACAUCCUCACCUAUCCCAAAUCCGAGACAAUGUCGAGCUCUACGAACACAACACCGUUAUACGGAACUACCACGGUCACAAGGACGUGCCGCGCAAGGUUGCGGAGAACGCCAGAAAGAUUGCAGACCUUGACCAUCGCAUGAGCGGUCCACGCCAUACACUGAAAGAGCUACAAAAACAGAUGAACAGCACCAAAGGAGACAAGUCCCAUUUCGUUGCACAAAUGAGAGAGCUCCGACCAAGCCUGAACAAUCUUGAGGCGGAACGUGAAAAGCUGGACGCAGAAACGCGCAACCUGGCCUUGUCGUUGCCCAAUCUGACCUCCUCAGAGACGCCGACCGACGGUGAGCCGAGACUGCGGUCAUAUAUCAACUACGAUCCGGCAAACCCUCCCAAGUACGGGAGCUCGGCGGAUCAUUCGGUGAUUGGCGAGAAACUGGGCCUACUCGACUUCUCGUCAGCGUCUGUAGCUUCUGGAUGGGGUUUCUACUAUCUACUCAACGAAGCUGCCCUGCUCGAGCAAGCGCUCGUCCAGUAUGCACUCUCGGUCGCCAUGAAACACGGCUGGUCCGUGGCGUCUCCUCCCUCUCUAAUUUAUUCCCAUAUGGCCGCUGCCUGUGGAUUUCAGCCUCGGGACCAAAACGACGAGCAGCAGAUCUGGCAAGUGGCACAGUCUGCAAGGGACGCAGGGAAACCCACCAGAAGCCUGGCUGCCACAGCCGAAAUCCCUCUCGCAGGAAUGCACGCAAGCAAGAGCAUCCCAGAGAGCCGAUUGCCGGUGAAACUGGUGGGGUCUAGUCGUUGCUUUCGUGCCGAAGCCGGUGCGAGAGGCGUUGAUACAAAGGGUCUCUACCGAGUGCAUGAGUUUACUAAAGUCGAAAUGUUCGCGUGGACAGAUUGUCCUCCUACCACCGAAGGUCUCCCCGAGGAGUCGAUCUGGGUGCAAUACUCAGCCAAGGUGUUUAAUGAAAUGGUCGGUAUCCAGACCGAGAUCCUGUCGUCGCUGGGCCUGCCGUGUCGCAUUCUCGAAAUGCCGUCUUCCGAUCUUGGUGCUAGCGCAUAUCGCAAGAUCGAUAUCGAGGCCAUGUUCCCCUCUAGGAAGAAGAGGGACGAUGGAUGGGGUGAAGUCACCUCCGCAUCCAUCUGUACCGACUACCAGAGUCGGAGGCUGGAGACGAGGAUCCUGGAGAUGAGCGGGUCGCAGAAGAAAUUCGCACAUACCGUCAACGGAACCGCCAUGGCAGUUCCCAGAGUUCUUGCUGCAAUCCUGGAGAACGGGUGGCGGGAAGAGGAGGGAUGCGUCGUUAUCCCGGAGGUGUUACGAGGCUACAUGGGCGGUUUGGAGAAGAUUGGACCGCGGUGA